CGCAGACAUCCUCCCUCACUUCCCUGCUCUCAACCAACAUAAAAAAACGCCAACGGUCUCGAAGUUCCUCUUUAUAUAGAUUGGGUGCCGACCUGAAUGAAGACUGAGAGGUCUUCGGUCCUCCCCUCCCCUAGAAGGCACUCCUUGUUCGUGCGUGCAGUCCGAUAGCUUGAACAGGACCGCUCCCUUUAUUCACCAUCUGCUACUGAGAAGGCGGCAUAAAUGACAGCAUCUAGUGUUGUACUAAACUUUCUUCUUAUAUUAGCCCCCUCUCAACAAAGCAGUUUGAUCCUCUAUGAUUCCAACAAAGUUAGGUUUCUAAAUCUAUUCCUAGGUGUCUGAACAGAUGUCCUGAGUCUAAAACUACUGUCCACCAGCAGCUACUCCUGAGCCACCUAACCCGGAGAAAGAAAUGAUUACAACUAUGGGGCGAUAUAAAAGGCGGUCAGAAGGGAAGUUUCAAGCAGAGAUGACUCUUCUUCCUGAUCCAAAACUCAUCCGUGGGGCUUUCCCUCAGAGAAGUGAGCUUCUGGAGAAAUGCAAAGCGGAUGUGAUUCUGGAUCCUGAUACCGCGAACCCUUGGCUCAUCGUGUCUGCGGAUGGGAAAUCUGUGAGAUCGGGAGAGAAACCACAACCCGACUUGCCUGAAAAUCCCAACAGAUUUGAUCUUGCUCCCUGUGUACUGGGCUCCCAGGGGUUCACCUCAGGGCGACAUUACUGGGAGGUGGAGUUUGGGGAUCAGAGAGAGUGGGCUGUGGGGGUCGCCAGAGAGUCCGUGAAGAGGAAGGAAUGGCUCACUCUUAGCCCCAAGGAUGGGAUCUGGUCUCAGGGGCGCUGGUGGCUUCGGAGGGAAGCAUUCGGCUCCUCUGAGACCCCCCAACCCCAUAGUGGGAGGCCUGGGAAGAUCGGGGUUUGUCUGGAUUAUGAAGGGGGUUGGGUGGCAUUUUAUGAAGAUGACCAUACAACUAUGAUGUUGGCCUCCUUCAAUGGGGAAAAAAUUUUCCCCUUCUUCUACGUGGGCGGAGGUGUCCACCUCACACUGAUCCCUUGAGGCACAGGGGGAAACAUCCUACUGGGACUCCCCCAUGAAAUGUGCCCCUCUCUCUAGCCAUUUCCUGCGAAGCCUCCCCGAGCCUCAGCGGCCUUGUCUACAUGCAGGCUUUGCACCGGGGUCUGAUUUAAUUUGAACCCGGAGCAAACACUGGUCUGGAUGAUCUUAAUUUGGUUUACGAGCGGCGUGGCUCAAUUUUAAGCAUUGCCAGAACACGUGGUUUUCUUGUGAGUGUCAUGAUAUUUGGUGUUUUUUUUUUCUUGUGAUGCCAUCAGGAUCUGAGCUCUUAUUAAAUCAAUCCAUUA